AAAGCCCAAAAUCACAUAGAAAUUUCUUCUUCCGUUCAACCUCUGCAAAACCCUAGUUUAUAAUCCUCCCCAAAUACCCAUUUCCCUCAAUCGCCUCCUCCCUUUUCACUCUCUCUCUCUCUCCUCCUUCACAGUUCACACCCAUCUCACUUUCUCUCUCCUUCCUGCAACAAUGCCGCCGAAGCUCGACCCAUCCCAAGUAGUCGACGUCUUCGUCCGAGUGACCGGAGGAGAAGUCGGCGCCGCCUCGUCCCUCGCACCGAAGAUCGGACCCCUCGGUCUCUCCCCCAAGAAGAUCGGAGAAGACAUCGCCAAAGAAACCGCCAAAGAUUGGAAGGGUCUCCGAGUGACCGUCAAACUUACCGUCCAAAACCGUCAAGCUAAAGUCACCGUCGUACCCUCUGCUGCUGCUCUUGUCAUCAAGGCUUUGAAGGAGCCUGAAAGAGACAGGAAGAAGGUCAAGAAUAUUAAGCAUACUGGUAAUAUUUCUCUUGAUGAUGUUAUUGAGAUUGCUAAGAUUAUGAAGCCCAGAUCUAUGGCUAAGGAAUUGAAGGGUACUGUUAAGGAAAUUCUCGGGACUUGUGUUUCUGUUGGUUGUACUGUUGAUGGCAAGGAUCCUAAGGAUUUGCAGCAGGAGAUUGCUGAUGAUGAGGUUGAGAUUCCUGAGAAUUAAUUUAUAUUAUAAUGUUAGUUUUAAUUGUUUUUUUGGUUGAGAAAUUAUAAUCCCUCUUUGUUAUCCCUGAUAUUAUCCAUGAUGAAUGAACCACAUUUUGUGGGCUUGUUCUUAUGAUGAUGAUGUUUAUUUUUGGUUUUGACGUUUGAAUUUCUGGAACGGGAUUAUGGGAUUUUUGUUUUAGACAUAGUUUAUGCUUUAUGAAUGAGGAAGUCGCUUAGUUUUUCAUGCGAUUAUAUA